GUGGGGGUGCCGUACCGUCGGGUACGGCACCCGGGGCGCUUGUUCCCGGCGGCGGUACGGCAGGAGUAGGGGGUCCGGUGGGAUCUGGGUUGAGUUCCGGAGUGCCGUACAUCAACUACGAGGCGAGCGUGCUCACGAAGCUGCUGUCGGACGCCCUGGGUGGCAAUGCGCUGUGUCUGCUGGCGGGCACCCUGCGGCAGGCGGACGGCGGCGGCGGGCUGCAGGCCAUCAACACGCUGCAGUACCUGACCAUAGCGCGGGCGGCCAGGAACUUCCCCAUCAUCAACCAUGGCAGGGCUCGCGGUCUGAUGCAGAAGCUGCGGCACCGGCUGAUGGCCGUGGUGGAGGACCGACAGGCGCUGCGUGAGCUGCUGGACUCCACCCCCGCGGAGGGGGACCCCAACUCCAUGGCACUCAACAUUGCCAAGCUCCGUGACAUGGAGGCCCGGCUGAUGGCGGUGCGUGCGGAGAACGCGGAGCUGGUGGAGGAGAAGCAGGCGCUGCAGGCGCGCAUGCAGAAACUGUACCAGUCCGAAGAGGGAGACUUGGAAGACAAGAAGGAGCUGCAGGAGGCCCUGAUUCAGAGUGAGGAGCAGCGGCUGCAGCUGUCCCGGGCGCUCAUUGACUUCCAGAUGGAGUUCAACGAGGCCAAGCAGGAGUGGGAGACAGCCAAACACGAUCUGGAGGUGCAGCUGAUUGAGGCUGACGCUCGGCGCAUGGAGUCCGACCUGACCUGCGAGGAGGUGGCGGUGCUGCAGCAGCAGCGGGAGGAGCUGGCGGGGAAGGUGGAGGAGCUGGAGCAGCAGCUGCAGAAGGCGACAGAGGAGGCGGAGCAGCUGCGGUCCGAGGUGGCGCGGCUGGGGUCGGAGGUGGAGGCGCUGACAGGCGGGGCCAGCGUGCAGGAGGUAUUGGACCGGCGGCGCAAGGACGCGGAGGAGCUCAAAGACAAGGACCGGCGGCUGGCUGAGCUGCAGGGCGAGCUGGCGGGUGUGCGGCGGGAGGCGGAUGCGGCCCGCAGCGGAGCACUGCUCAACCAGACGGCGGUGGACGAGGUCCGCGAGGCCUACCGUCGGCGCCUGGCGGUGCUAUCCCGCGAUGUGGCCGACAUGGGGCGCGCGGUGGCCAUCCUGGAGGCGGACCCGCAGUCGGAGCUGCGGGUGGGGCCGGAGGAGCUGUACGGCAGCCUGCAGCAGCUGGCGGAGGAAAACGUCAAGGUGUCGGAGGCUCGCGAGGCGGAUGUGCGUGCUGACGCGGACGACCUGGCGGCCCGCCACCUGGAGCUCAAGAGGAAGUUCAAGGCACUGUACGGGGCGUACCGCAGCCUGCGCUACAUGCUGGAGGACCGCUGGCCCGCACCCGAGGAGCCGCCCAAGGUGCCCACAGAGGAUCAGGUGGUGGGGGCGGCACUGGAGGGAAUCAUCAGGUCUGACGAGGAGGCCGACCACCGCACCAUCAACAAGCUGAGAGACAAGAUCGCCCAGCUGGAGGCCCAGCAGGAGACGUUGCGGGUGGCUCGCGCGGCGGGGGAGGCGGG